AUGACACUCAAGUACCUCAUCACAGGAGCAACUGGAGGCCUCGGUGCCGGGGUCCUAUCCUACCUUGUUGCAAAUCUCCCGGCUUCAGAAUAUGCCGCAGCAUCCUCGAAAGAGGAAAAUCGCAAACAAUUCGAAGACCGAGGGAUCGCAUUCCGAGUAGCGAGCUAUGACGACCCCCAGACAUUAGAGACUGCCUUCGAAGACGUGGAGAACAUCUUCUUCGUUAGCACCAGCACCUUCGACAUCGAGAAGCGCCGCAAGCAACACGAGAAUUUCAUAAUUGCAGCGAAAAAGAUGAACGUGAAACACCUAUGGUAUACAUCCCUCGCAUUUGGUGGAUACAAUUCCGACUCCAAGGCGGAUGUCCAACAAUGUCAUCUGAUGACAGAGGAUAUGCUGAAAGAAGCCGGUAUCAACUUCACCUCCAUCCGUGAGGGUCUUUAUACAGACGCCUUCCCAGUCUUCAUGGGCUGGUAUCCAAACACACCAACCGUCCACCUCCCCUCCGACGGACCAAUUGCCUUUACACUACGGUCGGAGCUAGGCGAGGCAAAUGCGCGACUGAUGAUUCGGGGUGGAUACGAUCGGGAGAUCGUGCUGCUCACUGCGCAAGAAACUAUUACCUUCUCUGAGAUCGUGGAUGUAAUCAACGAGACGACCGGCCGAAAUGUUCAGCUUGAGCUUGUCUCGCCAGAGGAGUUUGUGCGGUUGAAAGCGGGUAGCGAUGAGGGUGGCAAGCCAGAAGGGUUCUUCAAGGUGCUGCUGUCGUGGUAUGAGAGUAUUUCAAAGGGGGAGACGUCCACAAUUGAUCCCCUCAUGGCGGACUUGCUGGGCCGGCAACCCACGUCGCCACGUGAGGCUAUUCGGGCUUUGUUGACGGAGAAUCGGGAUUAUGAGUGGCAUCAGAACUAUGCUAAUCGCGGUUAG